AGUCGAGCUGUCGACAUACAAGACGCGCUAGAGACGUGCUUUGCAACCGGAAGGCGUCUCCGGCUGUGGCGAGCGGCCGAUGGUACGAUCAGAUUGGAGUAGUGUGUAGUGUAGCUGUGGCUCGGUUAGGGGGGGACGGAGCGUUUUCAAUGGGGUAAAAUCGAAACCCUCCAGCUCGAUGAAGUUCGUCGCGUACUGGGCUCUCAUCACGUCGUGCUUCACGUGCGUUCGAUGCUUCCGUUGCAGCUACGUCCCGCCAAAGAUCGAAGACGUGCUUAACCCGGUGCAUUUGGAACCUUCAUCGCAUGUAAGAAAACGGAGCAUUAGCCAGCCCCUAAGAAUCAAGGUGUUUUACGAUAGGAGCGUUUACAGGUUGCCGCCGGAGAAAUUUGGGAUAAUAAAUGACACAAUCUUGCCUGAGGCACUUGCUUACUGGGAGAGGACUCUUAUGGUCAGGCCAACCCUAGUGCCUAUAAGGUUGAACAGGAAAUGUCCAAACAACCAAGCCUUCUCGCCUGACCAGGACCCGUACCUUUACUGCAACGAAUAUUGCGAGAUCGAAACAACCUGUGGAGAGGUAGUCGUUCCUUAUGAGCACUUGGAGCCUUGCAGAGUAUGUGACCGCACAGGACGCUAUUGCCAGACACAGGGGAGUGCUGGCCGAGGCAUACCCGAUGCUGACUUCGUGUUUUACGUGUCAGCCAUGCAGACUGAUCGCUGCUUCAAGGGCCAAACCGUUGCUUAUGCGGCCCAUUGUCAACAGGAAGCGUCGACUGAUAGACCUAUUGCUGGCCACGCAAAUCUCUGCCCCGACUCAAUCUCCACAAAGCCACAAGAUAUGGACACUCUACUAUCCACUGUGAAACACGAAAUUCUUCAUGCCUUGGGUUUUUCCGUGAGUCUGUACGCCUACUUUCGCGACAAAAAUGGCUACCCACUCACACCUCGAGAACGGAAUGGGAAACCAGCGGUGAACAAAGAACUGCAGACUCACAAGUGGAGUGACCGUGUCAUGAAAAAAGUUGUUAGGCAUGACUGGAAGAUACACGGCGGAUCUAUGAGGAAGGAAUUUUGGAUCAUGGUUACACCUCGUGUUGUGGCAAAAGUUAAGCUCCAUUUCAACUGCUCAGAGCUUAAAGGUGCAGAGAUGGAAGAUCAAGGGGAAGAUGGGACGAGGCUGACUCAUUGGGAGAAGCGGCUCUUUGAGAAUGAAGCAAUGACUGGAACUCAUACCCAGAAUCCAGUGUAUUCAAGGAUCACCUUGGCUCUCAUGGAGGAUACAGGGUGGUACCUUCCAAACUAUGACCAAGCACAGCCACUGAAGUGGGGCCACAACCUUGGCUGUGACUUUGCUCUCAAGAGCUGCAAGGAGUGGAUAGACAACCGUCGAGAGAGGGGCCUUACCAUCCAUCCCUUUUGUGACAAGGUGAAGAAAGACCCCUUGGAAACGGAGUGCACGGAGAGUCGAGAUUCUGUUGCCUUGUGUAAUCUAGUCGACCACGGUGAAUACCUGCAUAAGAAGUUUCAGAAUUUCGAUUAUAUCCCAGGUGUGCCUUCCGCUGACCUUGGCAGAUACGGUGGUUCCGUAAUACUGGCAGACUAUUGCCCUUACAUUCAGGAGUUCACUUGGAAAUCGAAAAACACUGUCGUGCGAGGAUCACAGUGCCAGUUUGAAGAGAACAAUCCUCAGGAUGAGAAGAACUUUGCGCUGGAGUACUAUGGGCCUGGCUCCAAGUGCUUCAACCACAACAAGGAGAUGUGGCAGGAACGCACUUGCAGCCAAGUGCGCCAGUGGCAGCACUGGGGCAGCGGUUGCUACAGGUACUCGUGCUCCAAUGGGCGGCUGCACAUAGAGGUGGCCAACCACACGUAUACGUGCUACCAUUCCAAGCAAGAGAUCCGGAUCCAGCUGUACGCCAACGGCUGGCUCCACAUUGGUGCUAUCGUGUGUCCGUCGUGCCGAGACGUCUGCGCAGACGAAGGCAUGGAGUGUGAUGCAGACUUGGUGAAGGCAAGUUACAUCCAGGCCGAGAAACAGUUCCACAAAGACAUGCUGUAUUGCCACAGUGUGGACCUUCACGCUAGCACCAUGCUGUGCUUAGUGCUAUGCCUUCUGUCUGUCAUUAGGUGACGAAUGCUUUUCACUUGGGAUGUGAGGUGAAGUUCACCUGUCACGGUCGUUUUGUGACAAAGGAGCAAACUUACCAGAAAGUGUGCAAGUUCAACGUGAUCAUCAAUGACAGCUAAAGUGCAGCACAGGUAGUGUAAAAACAGCCUCUGCAAAGCCCAUCAUUCCCAUUGUGACAAGUUAGCCCAGUGCCGCACAUGCAAUGAUCACAAUGCUAAUUCGUCGUAGCAGAAACACAGCAUAUUCCUUUUUAGUGAUGUAGGGCAGGGGUACACUCACACUUCAGUCGUGGCACAGCGCAAGAACUCAUCAUGGUGUCAUACUAACUUUUGUUUUUGUAAUUAUCAGCCCAGAAAUAAGUAAAUCUUAAGUCAUUAAAUAAGAUAAGUAGGGACCAUCUUGAAACCUUGGCUUUUUGAACUUGGAAUCAGCUUGUCUGUCCAUCUGCACCUUGUGAUGCCGGUUGACAUCACAGUGUCGACUGGUAAAACCUACACGAUGAGAGGUUUCGACGCUUUACAAUGCACAUACAGGCCUUUGUUAGAGAACAAAACAAGGGGAGAUUUGGGUGCGUUUUGCACAGCGUUGGAACAGAGCAUUUGGCGAGGGAUCCAAUUUAAUCGGCUUAGUCACAUGUUGUCCCCACAAGAAAAGUCUUUUUGCAGUCAUUUAUCCACAGUCCCUGCGUAGUCACCUUAAUCUUCUAUUUUGCUAGCGUACUCACGAAUGUGCUGUGCACUCCUCUUCCAGAAAAUCUGCCAAUGGCAGGUUUCAUACGUGUGGGAAGAUAAUGUAGGGUGUGUGUGUGUGUGUGUGUGUGUGUGUGUGUG